CAAAACAUGGGUACACAUUUCUUCACUUCAAGCCUUCAACACAAGUACUCUCCAUUUCUGGUUUGAAUUCUUGAGCCUUCAAAGUUCUAAAUAAGCAAAUGGCGAUUCUCGUAGAAGGGGCAGCUCUAUCCGCUUCUUUCCAAGUUCUGUUCGAGAAGUUUGCCUCUCCAAUCUUCAGAGAGAUCGGAAGCAGAUGGGGAGUUGGUAAGGAGCUCAAGAAACUGAUGAGGACAUUGCCUCUGAUAAAUGAUGUACUCAAUGAUGCAGAGGAGAAGCAAAUAAGCAACGCAGCAGUGAAGAUUUGGCUAGAUGACCUCCAGCAAGUCGCUUAUGAUGCUGAAGAUAUCAUGGACGAGUAUGAAACUGAAGAUCAGUUAUCAAAAGUAGCAGUACUGGAAACUCAGACCGACACAAAUCAGGUGUUGAAUCGAAUCUCUACCUCUUUCACUUCUACUGUUUCUGCAUUCAAUAAUAGCCAAGACAAGGCAACUAGGCUAAACGAUAUCACAGAAAGAUUAGAAGACCUAGCUAAACAAAUGAAUGUUCUACAUUUGAGGAAGAGAAUUGGAGGGAAAGGGAAAGGGAACAUAGUUUCAUAUAGACCUGCAACGAGUUCUAUGGUUGAUGAAUCUCUUGUUUAUGGUCGAGAGAGUGACAAGAACAAGAUAAUUGAGUUAUUAUUGACAGAAGGACCAGUCCGAAAUGUGGUGGGUGUACUUCCCAUAGUAGGAAUGGGGGGUUUGGGAAAGACAACGCUUGCUCAAUUAGUUUACAAUGAUGAGAGGGUGGUGAAUAAUUUUGAGUUAAAAGCAUGGGUGGGAGUGUCGGAAGAGUUUGAUUUGGAGAGGAUCACAAAAUCAAUUCUGGAGUCUGCAACUAAAAUGCCUUCUAAUCUCAAGGAUCUAGAUCCACUCCAACAUAAGUUAAGAGAAACAUUAAGCGGGAAAAGGUUUUUACUUGUUCUAGAUGAUGUAUGGAAUGAAAAACCCAACUUCUGGCAUGUGCUGAAAGUUCCCUUUAAGGUUGGGAAGCAAGGAAGCAAAAUCAUGGUAACCACAAGAAGCAAGCUGGUUUCAUCAAUAAUGCGCACAGUUCCAGAUCAUGAUCUUGAGGGUUUGGCAAAUGAAGAUUGUUGGUCAUUGUUUAGUCAGCGAGCUUUUGCAGGUAGAGAUUCUGAUGCACAUCAGAAUUUGCAUGCAAUUGGUGAGGAAAUUGUGAAAAAAUGUAAAGGAUUGCCCCUUGCAGCAGAGGCACUUGGAGAGCUCCUCCAUUCUAAAGUUGAUGAACAUUAUUGGAGGUACAUCUUAACAUGUGAAAUAUGGGAUUUACCAGAAGAGAAAACCAAUAUUAUGCCAACUCUGAGACUAAGCUAUGUUCAUCUCCCUGCAAAUGUAAAGCGCUGUUUUGCUUAUUGUUCCAUUUUUCCAAAGGGGUACCAGUUUAGAAAGGAGGAAUUAAUCCUGUUGUGGAUGGCUGAAGGCUUUGUGCACAGCAAAGGAACUGCCCAGCUGGAGGACAUUGGCGGUGAAUACUUUGAUGAUUUACUCUUUAGAUCUUUUUUUCAACAAUUAGUUACUGAUGGAUCACAGUAUGCAAUGCAUGACCUUAUUCAUGAUUUAGCAGUAUCUGUCUCAGGAGAGAUUUGUUCUACAUUUAGAGCAAAGAACAAUGACCAGUAUUGCAAAAUUUCUAAAAGUACUCGUCAUUUAUCACUCUCUACUACAUUUGGUGAAAGAAUAGACUUCGAGGUCUUAUAUGAAGCUAAGAAUCUGCGAACAUUUCUUCUACACUCAGGGUAUAUGCUUGCUUACAAUCGACAGGUCUCUCAUGUAUUUUCAAAAUUGAGGUACUUGCGUGUCCUGUGCUUGCAUGGAUUUCACAAGCUUGUGUUGCCUGAUUCUAUUGGAAUGUUAAUACACCUGAGGUACCUCAACUUUCAACAUACUUGCAUUGAAUACUUUCCAGCAUCAAUUGGUAAGCUCUACAAUUUACAAACAUUAAUUCUUGGUGCAUGUAAAAAUUGUUCUAAUCGUGCUGGCACACAUGUUGUCUUACCUGAAGACAUAACCAAUCUAAUUAAUCUUCGACAUUUCCGAGUGAUCUGCAGACCUGAUAUCUAUUUUCUAGGAGGAAUGCCUUGUGGUAUUGGGAGAUUAACUACCCUCCAAACAUUGACUCACUUUGUUGUGGGCAAGAAGAAGGGUGCUAAGUUGGCGGAUUUGAAGAACCUCAUGCACAUCCAAGGAGAAUUAUGCAUUUUACAACUUGAAAAUAUAGGCAGUGUUAAUGAGGCUAAAGAGGCCAAUUUGAAGGAAAAGCAACAACUUGAAACAUUAUGGUUAGGCUGGAGUUCUUUCCGAGAAAUAGGAGAUGACGAAGGGGAAACACUUGAAUGCCUAGAACCACAUAUGGGACUGAAAAAUGUAAGAAUCGAAUACUAUUCUGGAGUAAGAUUGCCGAGGUGGAUAGUGGCCUUACCCAAUCUUGUGAAGUUGGAACUCGUAAACUGUAUAAGAGUCAAGGUCGUCCCUCCUCUUGGACAGCUACCCUCACUCAAACAUCUAAUGAUGUCUGGCAUGGAUGGCAUAAAGCACUUGGGGAAGGAGUUUUAUGGGGAUGGAAGUGUUAAGGGAUUUCCACAACUAGAGACUUUAGAAUUCAGAAGUAUGCCCAAGUGGGAAGAAUGGUCUGGAGGAGAUGGAAGUGAGUUAUUUCCUCACCUUCACAAACUUGAGAUCUCCAGAUGCCAUAAAUGGAGGGGGUUCUCCUUCCGGUUUCCUGCUCUAAAUGCAUUGUCUGUAAGAGAUUCUGUAGGUUUAACUUCUCUUCAAUAUCACAGGAUCCAAUCUCUCAAUGAUGGUAGUGAGUCUGAAGACAUGUUUCCCUGCCUCCAUGAACUUCAGAUAUAUUCCUGUCCCAAUAUAAGGGAAAUCUUGCCUGAUAUGCGGUAUUGUCCAAGUCUUAAACAUCUAACCCUCUUUCACUGUCAUGAUCUGGAGUCAUUGCAAUCUCAAGGUUUACCACCUACUCUUACUUACUUGAAAAUAAGGAAUUGUAACAAACUCCAACACUUGCCAGAAGAGGGGCUACCUCCCGUGCUUAGUCAUCUUGAUAUCGCAAACUGUCCCUUUCUAGAGGAAUCGUGUGAAAAAGAGACGGGAAGAGAUUGGCCCAAGAUAUCCCAUAUUCCCAGCAUAAUGAUUAAUCAUGAGUUUAUCUCUUGAUGAAGACGAAGAUGCUAUCAUUUCAACAUAAUUCACACAACAAAUAUCCCGGCAAAUGCUGUUUUUUGAACAAGUCCAUCUCAAUAAG